AUGAGUCAGGAGGUAAAGGACGCGAUCCUGAAGGUACUGCCAUCUUUGGCAGCGGAGACACUGGCCUUACUCCUCGAUAAACUGGACAGCAUUGGCGUCGAAGUAACAAGUGAUCUUCAGUAUGUCAAGGAGGAGGACCUGACUGAACACCUCCGACCAAUUGACUGCCGGAAACUGUUAGGCGCUUGGAGGACUGACGGGCAGCAAAGAUCUGCUUCCUCUACCGACUGUUCAGGCCCAGCAACUCCAUGUCGGUCAACUUCACCAGUCACAGAAACCAGCUCAUCAUCUUAUUCCACCUCUCCAAGCCCCCCGAGCACCAACAGCAGCUCCAGCACUGUGGACCUCGACUCCUGGCCAGAAAAUUUUCAAAUUCCCUGGACCCAAAUGCCAAAUGACCUAAAGAUUGCUGUGCUGAGGGAGAAACGACCUGUUCCCCGAGACCGACGAGAAAUGAUUCGACUUAUCGUAGAUCAAAUGAGAGCUGUAGAGGCAAACCCCACUAGAGCAGACUGCAUUUGCAUCGCAAAAAAAAUUAUACAAAAACACCCCAAAAGCUUUGCUGAUGUCCUGCAAGAUGGCUCAAAAAUUGGAAGUGGCUACUCGUCACUGGUGAACCAGCUAAAAACGCGAGUCGAACACCUCAACCGGGACAGCAUGAAGUCUCCCCGCAGGGCUGGAAAACAACCAACAACUUCGACCUCAAGCUCUACAACAAAAAGACCUUCAGACCAGUAUGGAUGCGUACAGUGGCAGCCUGCAUGUCCUACUGGACAGUCUGAAGAAAGCCUGAGGGAGAAGCAAAAAGAAUUGCUGGAGCUACAUUCAAGAGAGGGUCCCAUGGGAGCUGAAAGAGGAGUCGUACAACAGCUGAUGAAAGAGACGUACUACCUCCAGCGGCAGGCAAUUAAUGCUCACCCACCACCAACAAUUGCUCAGCUCAAGGGGGAUUGGCCGUACCUCUUUGUACAAAAGCAACUGUACCUUCACUUCAAUGAAUUGACCGACAUACCAAUCCUGGAAAAAUUGGAGGCAGCAAUACAAGAAAAAGGGAAAAUGAUCCUUCAGUUUUUCCGUCAGAAGCCAUCCAAUUCAGAUGUGAGACAGGUUCUGUCAAGAUUUGAUGGCAGUGGAUCGACUGGGCUGGCGCCAUGUGUUGUCCUGUGCUUGCUGGCACACUUCAAGGAGGAAAGAGAGGCACUGCUGCUGCAAGUCGAGGGAGCUUCUGCACCUGCUGAUGUGGAGAGAUUGGCCUUACCAGACACACCCAGAUUGAUUACUCAGGGAGAGGCAAUGGACACAUGGAUGCUGAGUGUGGAGAGGCAGGUGCUUAUACCCCCUCGGCCAAACUUCACUGCAGGCCUUGCAGCGUUAUUUGCUUCUUUCUACAACUUCAACCUGGAAUACCAGGAAAAGGCAGCGUGCACCUUGGAGUUCAUUCAGAGGUGCUUUGUGGGGAUUAAUCCUUCACACGGGUCCAAGGCAGUUGGGAAGCUGUCCAACAAAAAAACAGGCAAGAUGGUUAAGAAACAUACCAUUAAUGUUCAUGUCUGCACCCUCCUGCGCAAACUGAUGGAUUUUGAUUGGGUCUGUGUGUGA